CUUACCACUUUGAGAAAGAAAUUGAUGAGAUUUUGGAUCAGAUUUACAACCAAAACUCAACGUUUGAUGAUUUGUGCACUUCUGCACUCCAAUUUCGAUUACUCAGGCAACAUGGUUUCAACAUCUCUCCUCAAAUUUUCAGCAAAUUCCAAGAUGAAAAUGGCAAAUUCAAGGAGUCUCUAGCUAGUGAUGUCUUAGGAUUAUUGAACUUGUAUGAAGCUUCACAUGUAAGGACUCAUACUGACAACAUCUUAGAAGACGCACUUGCUUUCUCCACUAUCCAUCUUGAAUCUGCAGCUCCAUAUAUGAAUUCUCCACUUAGGGAGCAAGUGACACACGCCCUUGAGCAAUGUUUGCACAAGGGCGUUCCUAGAGUCGAGACCCGAUUCUUCAUCUCAUCAAUCUACGAGAAGGAGGAAUCAAAGAAUGACAUGUUACUUCGAUUUGCUAAAUUAGAUUUCAACUUGCUCCAGAUGUUGCACAAGCAGGAACUUGCUGAAGUAUCAAGGUGGUGA